UUGGGUGUCAAACGAAAUUAAUGGAAUCGGGACCCACGAACAAAUCGGAAAAUAUCUCUUUUGCGUUGUGAUAAGGCUGAACAUCGCUAUUGUUUCAGCAUCAGCAUGGAUCCGGUGUUGGUGAAGAAUAUAGAGCUGGACAAAAUUUGUCGAAUCUGCCUGGUAGUAAAGAAAGAAAUGCGUCCUCUCUUUGGCGAAAUGGUGGCUGAAAUGCUUAUGGAAAUAGCUAAAAUUGAUAUUGAAAACAGUGAUGGCUGGCCAGACAAAAUUUGUGUUCAAUGCAUACAUCAAGUGAGCCGUUGCCACGCGUUUAAGACCCGAGUAGAAAAAUCCGAUAUUGCACUCCGCCAGUACAUUAAAGGAAUCACUGUGCUGGAUGAUCAUCAAGUGAAGAGCAACAUAACCACGAUCGAGCUGCCAAAACUGACCCUCAGUUCUCCUAAAUUGCAACCAAUUACCCAACCAGUAGCUACACAUCUUCAUGAGCUGCAUCUACAUCGGGCUGAGCCUAUUCAAACGGAAGCUCCAUCGGUUCCGACCAUGAUACUAACUGGCACACAGCUGAUCAAUGGACCACAGAUAAUCAACGCGGGGCACAUAAUAACUACGGCCACUGGGCAACAAAUCCUACAAACGACCCCACAGUACCAGGCUACGCAGAUAGGGCAAUUUAUACACGGGCCAAACAACACUGUGCAAAUGAUAACGCACAAUGGAAACCCCGCACAUGUCCUACAGAUCCAGCGGACAGUUGAUGAUUGUGAGAUAAUUGUGCAACCCGAAAUGACUGAGUCACAGUACUUAGAAAAUGUAUCAACUUUGCCAAUGAUGGUAGCAGCACCUAGUACAGCGAUUCCAACCGAUCAACUGCAAGCUCAACAGUUACAUGCACAUAUUACCAGUCAACAACAGGUGCAGCAACAACACGUCAGUCUGGAGGAAAGCGAGACGCAUUCCCAAUUACACCAGAAGCUUGACGAAGACAUCGAUUGUGUACUGGUCGAAGAUGAGGCGAUUGAAACGGAUGGAAUUAUUGAAGAUGAUGAAGAAGCAGAUACCGCCGAUGUAGAAUAUUAUCCCCAAACCGAUUGCGAAGAGAGUGACGAGGAGGCCAAACAGCUUGAAGAAUGCGUAACGUAUCAAUCGUCCUGUCCCAGCCCAACCCCCGGAUCGUAUAUUUGUAACCUUUGUUACAAGGAGUUCAGUCAGCCGAAGUGGCUUCAAAAGCACAUGUCGCAGCAUGCAAACUGGAUUAAGGCAAAUUGCAAAAAACAACCAGAGUGUGAAAUAUGUGGCAAAAGUUUCCGUGGCCCUGGAAUGCUUCGUAUGCAUAUGAAAACGCACGAAAAGGUUAACAAAAUACCAACUUGCAGCAUCUGCAACACAGAGUUCAAAACAAAAUCUAUUCUUUACCGUCAUCGACAGACUCAUUUCGAAAAAAAGUUCGAAUGCAACAUUUGUGGAAAAAAGUACAAUUCUAGAUACCAGCUUAAUAUCCACGAGCAUCGCCACGAGGUCCAGAAAACUCACACAUGUCAGCAUUGUGAGCGAUCUUUCUUCAGUGAAACGGAACUGACGAACCACAUCAAGCAGCACAUGGGCAUCAAGGUAAAAAAGAACAAAAAACCUGUAGCUAAUCGAAGCUAAUUAGAAAUGGUUUCCCUUGCGGAUAAACGUAGAUUUUCAUAGAUACUGAAGCAAGUGUUCUUAAACACAUACUAAUCAAAUUAAAAGAUGUAAAUAGGGAGCAUAACUGUUCGGGAUUUAAGACCUACCCGAAACAUACAAGCUAUAUUUUGAGUUUACCAUAUGGAUUUGGAGAUUUUCACUGUAAUAUGAUGGCCAAGAGUACGAGGAAGUGGAAGUACACUUUUGUUGGCGGUGGAUGGAAUUUUAGCACAGCGCAUAGUGAAAAUAAGUUGACUGGCUCCCCAAAUCGGAUUCGCAUUUUAUCAUCUCAUUCCUUAUGGCGCAAUCGGAUGCAAUCCACCAAUUAGAAUCAGCAUUACAUAACUAAGAAUGAUCAAUGACAAAAAUCCAUGUAAUGAAGCAAGCAAUACCAUAUAUCACACAUUAUAAAGCAUUACCGUUUAUAAACAUGGAAUCCAGCUGAUCGGAAAUUAAAUUAAAUUCAUCUUGGUUGUUCAACGACAGUAACAGUCAACAUGUAUUAGUAGAAUUUAAAAAUGGAUCCAAAUUAUGUUUCAACGUUCGAAUAGAUGGAUGUAUUAUCAACUGUUUUUUGUUUUGAUCAUGAUUUGGAGUAGUCAUUUUUGUUGAAAUGCCAUGCAUUUAUAUGGUAUAAUUAAAAUAUUUUCAUUAUGUAAUGUGUAAUCUGCUUUUGCAUAAUGCAGCAAUGUUUAUUUAAAUUGAAGCAUGUGUCACAAUGAAGUUUUUGUAAAUAUUUAUAUAAGAAACAUCAAGGUACACAUUGUAAAAUAAAUAGCGAA